GCUGUGAGGAGCGAUGGCGGGGGGCGUGGGAUACCGGGGCGGGCAGGAGAGCUACUGGGUGUCUCGUCUAGGAGAGGACCUCGUGGCCUUCAACAUGGGAGACGAAAAGGAAGGGGCUCAAUGGAAAGAAAGCGCCAAGGACCCGGAGGUGUGGUACCACAAGGUCGAGGACGGGGCGGCAUGGUUCAUGAGGAAAUGGCACAGGCAGGAGGCGGAAGCGUCCGCGAAGCGCUAG